CGACUGAGUAAUAAUCUGGUAAUGAGCGACGUCAAGUUUCAUUUCAUGGCAGUUUCGUAUUGACAUUUGAAUUGACAUUCCUCUACCUUUCUCGUUUCGAAAAUGAACAUUUGUUCACGUGAUUAUCACCGUAAUUACUCCUCUCCCGUUUUCGCAACUGAGGUAAUUCUGUUGACGGUCAAUAAUUCUGGAAUAAUGUCUUAACAAUGCUCUGACUUAACCUCUCUUGCUAACAACUGCCAAACUGAUGCAGAAGAAAGCAAAUAAUUAACGAAGGAUACGCGAGUAGGGACGAUCGUACAUACAAGUCCUCUCCCGAUCUUUCGUAUUGCCCAAAUGGAUACUCAAACAGAUGUCAAUCUACCGCGACCGCAAAUGGCGUUGCGAAAUAUGAACUCUGGCAAUAUAUUUUACAUGCCUUUAACGUCGUUCGCAGAAAUGUGGUAUCAGAUAUUUCUCUGGGCUCUGUUCUCCUCGAUAUUCGUGCACACGAUCGCUGGCGCGAUUUGCUUCGCUACUUUGCGACAGCACAAAUACGGCAAAUUCUUCCCACUGCUUAUCAUAAUAAUGGGCGUGUUAUUGCCACUGACGUCGGGUGUCGUCAGCUCGGCGGCAGUUGCCUUUGUGUAUAGAGCAUCCGGCUAUCAAAUGCCACCUCUGUACGCAUUGUUUUGGGGUAUCGGGCAGACUGUGGUACCGGUAUGCGUCGGAUUCACGCGAAUCUUAGCGACUUUGUAACCCUGUGUUACAAAAACUGCACUUGUGAUAUUUACGUGUACAUAUAAGAGUGGCAGUCAUGUUUUUUUUAAGUUAUACAUAUGUACAUAUAUAGAUAAGUCCAUCAUUGUGGGCAUUUAGCUGUAUCGAUAUAUAUUAGUGAGCUGAUUGUAAAAAUGAUAGUGAUCAUAAUAUGUUACCGAAGAGAUAAAUUAUUCGGAGAAUUUUGUAACAA